CCCCCUCCUCCUCCAUUUAUCAUGGCUCCUGCAAAGAAAAGCCCUUCCUCCUCCAAGGGGAGGUCCUCGACGUCGGACAUUUACAUUAAGAAGACGAAGGGAGAGAACUUCUACCGCGAUGCGAAGACGGUUAACCGGCUUAAGAUGCUCAGCGGCGGCAAGGCCAUCCGCGACAAGACCGGGAAGAUCAUCCAGGCUGCUGCGUUCCAAAAGGGCGAGGACGAGACGAAGCCUGGGAUGGUGCAGCCGGACAGGCGGUGGUUUGGAAACACUAGGGUCAUUUCCCAGACUGCCUUGGACCACUUCCGCACAAGCCUUGCGACCAAGCAAAAUGAUCCCUACUCUGUUCUUCUCCGGAGAAACAAGCUGCCGAUGGCGCUUCUGGACGAUGCUGCCAACCCCAACACCCGCAAGCGGACCCACAUUGUCGAGACGGAGCCUUUUAAGGAUACCUUCGGCCCCAAAGCGCAGCGUAAGAAGCCAAGACUCGAUGUGGGUACCUUCGAGGAGCUCGGGAAGUCCAGUGCUGCCGCUGCUGAGGAGGUCGAGGAUGCCGCCCAGCUCGAAAGGGACGCAGAACCUAUUGCCUCGACCUCGCACUCAAAUGCUGUCGGUUUCGAGACGCAUGCCGAUAUCAUUGAGCCUAUCUAUAUGAAGGGUACCUCUCGCCGGAUAUACGGCGAGUUGUACAAGGUCAUUGAUUCCUCGGACGUGGUCAUUCAUGUCAUCGACGCUCGGGACCCCCUGGGCACGAUGUGCGAGUCUGUACUGGACUACAUUCGCAAGGAGAAGGCGCACAAGCAGGUUGUGCUUGUUAUCAACAAGUGCGAUCUGGUACCGAACUGGGUAACUGCACGGUAUAUCCAACAUCUCACACCAAGAUACCCCACGCUGGCUUUCCACGCGUCUCCGAACCACUCCUUUGGCAAGGGCUCGCUCAUCCAGCUGCUCCGUCAGUUCUCCCAGUUGCACUCCGACAAGAAGCAGAUCUCUGUCGGCUUCGUCGGUUACCCCAACGUGGGCAAGAGCAGCGUUAUCAACACGCUCAAGAGCAGCAAAUGCUGCACCGUCGCCCCGGUACCCGGAGAGACGAAGGUCUGGCAAUACAUCACCCUGACGAAGCGCAUCUACCUCAUCGACUGCCCUGGCAUUGUCCCAACGUCUGCGAAGGACUCACAAACGUCGACUGUGCUGAAGGGCGUCGUCCGCGUUGAGGCGCUCCCAACUCCUUCCGAGCACAUUCCCGCGCUCAUGGAGCGCGUCAAGCCCAUCUACCUCGCGCGCACGUACGGUGUCGCGCUCCCCGACGCGGAGGACACUUCGCGUGCUUGGCCGUACGAGACGUUCCUCGACAAGCUCGCGCGCAUGAAGGGCCGGCUGCUCAAGGGUGGCGAGCCCGACAUCGAGGCGGUUGCCAAGAUCCUGCUGAGCGACUGGGUGCGCGGCCGCAUCCCCUUCUUCGUGCCGCCCCCGGAGCGCACGGACGAGCUGAACCGCGCGGAGGCGAAGAAGGCGAAGAUCGAGGCCGCGAAGGGUAAGGGCAAGGCGAAGGGCAAGGGCAAGGCUACUGCGCAAGGGGAGGAGCAGCUGCACCCGAUCGGCGUCAAGCAAAACCUGGGGUCGAUCAUGCAGAAGAACUCGUUUGUUGGCGAAGACGUGCGGCCGCUCGAUGAAGAAGAGGCUGGCGUCGAGGGUGCGGACGAUGAUGCUGCGGUUGCUGCGACUGAGGGCGACAAGGAGGUCGCGGGCGAAGAGGAGGAGACACUGGGCUGGAACGACGUGUUCAAGGGCGAUGCAGCAUCCAAGGACGAGACGGGCGACGAGGAUGAAGGCGAGGAGAGGGCAACAACCGUCUUUAGCAACGUCAGCGACGACGAGGAUGCUGUUUCCGCUGCUUCGGACGAUGAGUCGGAGAAGCCUCAAAAGGGGCCUCGUAUGAAGACGAACAAGAAAAAGGCGUCAAACUUCUACUCCACCGCGAACGUCAAGAACAAGAACCGCGAGAAGGCUGCUGUCAUGCGUUCGCUACGGGGCGGCAAGGAUCAGCGCAGCAAGGGCAAGAAGAAGGCGUAAUCGUCUUUUCUCUGUACACAGUUGUUGUAAUGUGAUCAUCGG